AUGAAAUGCUCUUCGCGACAAUUUUUAUUACUAUGGACUACGAACACUAACAGGCAAUUACAGGCAUUUAAGAACCCUAAGGGUUUAGAUCAUGAAGACGAAUAUGACUCAGUUCAAGAAAGAGGCAUUUUCAAGGAACUUUUGAUAGAAAAUUAUGUACAUUUUUGGUCCCAAAAGUACUCCGUGAGCUUAUAA